AGCAAUUGCAGAAAUCUUCAAAUUCAACACCACGCCAAGAAUAAAUUUUUCUCGAGGCCAUCAUUUUGGUGGCUGCUAGUUGGCCACUCCUCACAUAGAUUCUUUUUAAUGACUUCCUGCAGCAAAAGGAGAUUGGCACAGGAGGCUACAUUAUUUACCAGGAGGCAGAUGUUUUCUCUUUUUCUCUGGGAUUUAGAAUUAUGCAAAUGAAGGCAUGAAAACAAAAGCUCAGUGAGGUGGGGGAGGGGUGAUCUUAAGAAUCCUGGCAAUAUUCUGAGCUCUGUAAGACAUCCUUCUCAGUUUUUACUAGCGGUUCCUUUGGCUCGUCUCCAGUCUAUUUAGAAUUUGGCACGUCUUCAGAACCUUCCAGCCAAAGACCUGAAAGUUCAUUUUAAAGUUCCUAUCCUGGCCUCAUCUUGCAAAUGGGGAGAUCAAAGCAUAUGAGUUUUCAGGUGUCUGUAGACUGACCUUGAGUCCUGACACCCCACUAGCCGUUUCUAUCUUACCUUUGCUGCACACAGUCUUGCCCAGAAAGGAAACUAUGGCCCAAUUGCCUCUCAGGUCUCCUCCGCCCCACCCCACCAUGAUAUUAUCUGGAGGGCAAUAGGACCUAGGGAAGUUCAACCCUGAGUCAGACAGAGACGCACCUGCCUAACAGCGUGGGUUGAGCAAGUGUGCAAGCGAGCUAGUUCGGGAGGGCGGGGUAGAAGUGAGCGUCUGCUGCUUUUGGGGAAGAGGAAAGCUGUGGCUCCCUCUGGGAUUCCGGGUUCGUGGUGGAAAGCGAUUCCGAAGACUGGCCCAAGCCCUUUUUUGCCACGCCUCUCCGCCCGGCGCAUCCUUGGGCUGCCUGCCCUGGAACUCGCAGGCUGGUUUUUUGCUAGGCCCCAGCUGUCCCUCCCACUUCGCCCGUCCCCGCCAUAAUUGCCUGAGUUCCUGAAGCCGCCGACCUCCCGCAGCUAGAACUGCAGACCAGGGAGGACCCCAGCGGCAGGCGGCACCCAAGAGUUUGGUGACAUCUGCCUUUGCCCUCCGGGGCUGGCGUCCCGCACGUCGUGCUUCUAGCUAGCAAAGUUUCUCUGUAGAGAAGAAGUACGUUUAGCCUUGUGUUGAUCCUACCGCGCGCGCCCUGCUUCUCUCCUGGGAGAUUGGAGAUUGCGCUCUGGGCCCCGGCCUGCUAGCUGCCUUGGGGGCGGGGCUUGGGGAAUCCGUGGAGUCCCCCGAGUACCCUCGACUCUUCGCACGUCCUGGAGAGAGCGCCGGCGAGCAGGCAAGCUAAUAGCCAGAGCCUAGCGAUGGCUAGGAUACCUGGGCACUGAAAUGAACCCCCGAAGGGACGCUCAGGCUGCACCCGCUCUUCCGCCCUGGUUCAGUUCUCGGCCGGUUUGAGAGGGCAUACUGGUCAGGACUCGUCCGGAGUAGCUGCCGAGUGUUGGUGCCGGGACAGAGUGGCUACCCCCCUCCCUGGGGGGGCUGCGCCAAGAAGCGGCACAGGAAACAGAAGUCCCCAUGGCCUUUCACGUGCCUGGAAUUGGACUUCGGACUGGGCGCUAAAAUGCUUGCUUUUGCCUUGCCCAGGUUUCACAGCACGUAUGUGGACGAUUGGAAUCCUGGGCCAAUGAAGAGUCAAGUUCAAAGUGGUACUUCUGGACUCACCAUCCCAGACUCCAAGUGUAACUUGAGACUAGGAAGAGGGGUCUCCUGCUCUAACAGAUCUCCGUUCUGGAAUUGUACUUGACAGCUCUCUUCACCGAUACUUGAACUGCAGUGGCUACAGGGUUCCCUUGGGUGGGGUGGGGGUUGCUCUGAAGACCAGACUGCAACACUCAGAACCUCGACAAUGGACCGAGUUUUUGAAAUUCCUGAGGAGCCUAACAUGGAUCCAAUUUCAUCUCUGGAGGAAGAUGUCAUCCGUGGGGCCAACCCCCGAUUUACCUUUCCAUUUGGCAUCCUCUUCUCUACCUUUUUGUACUGUGGGGAGGCUGCAUCUGCCUUGUACAUGGUUAGAAUCUAUCGUAAGAAUAGUGAAACCUACUGGAUGACAUACACCUUAUCCUUCUUUAUGUUUUCAUCCAUUAUGGUCCAGUUGACCCUCAUUUUUGUCCACAGAGAUCUGGCCAAAGACAAGCCGCUAUCAUUGUUUAUGCAUCUAAUCCUCUUGGGACCUAUUGUCAGAUGUUUGGAGGCCAUAAUUAAGUACCUCACACUGUGGAAGAAAGAGGGGCAGGAGGAGCCCUAUGUCAGCCUCACCCGAAAGAAGAUGCUAAUAAAUGGCGAGGAGGUGCUGAUAGAAUGGGAGGUGGGCCACUCCAUCCGGACCCUGGCUAUGCACCGCAAUGCCUACAAACGUAUGUCACAGAUCCAAGCCUUCCUGGGCUCAGUGCCCCAGCUGACCUAUCAGCUCUAUGUGACUCUGAUCUCUGCAGAGGUCCCCCUGGGUAGAGCUGUGCUAAUGGUCUUUUCCCUGAUAUCUGUCACCUAUGGGGCUACCCUCUGCAAUAUGUUGGCUAUCCAGAUCAAGUAUGAUGAAUACAAGAUUCGCCUUGGGCCAUUAGAAGUCCUCUGCAUCACCAUCUGGCGGACAUUGGAGAUCACUUCCCGCCUCGUGAUUCUGGUGCUCUUCUCAGCCACAUUGAAAUUGAAAGCUGUGCCCUUCUUAUUGCUUGACUUCCUGAUCAUCCUCUUUGAGCCUUGGGUGAAGUUCUGGAGGAGUGGUGCCCAGAUGCCCAAUAACAUUGAGAAGAAUUUCAGCCGGGUCGGCACCCUGGUGGUGCUGAUUUCUAUUACCGUCCUCUAUGCUGGCAUCAACUUCUCUUGCUGGUCAGCUUUGCAGUUGAAAUUGGCAGAUAGGGACCUUGUUGACAAAGGUCAGAACUGGGGACAUAUGGGCCUGCACUAUAUUGUGAGAUUGGUAGAAAAUGUGAUCAUGGUUUUGGUUUUCAAGUUCUUUGGAGUGAAAGUGUUGCUGAAUUACUGUCAUUCCUUGAUUGCUUUGCAGCUCAUCAUUGCUUAUCUGAUUUCCAUUGGCUUCAUGCUCCUUUUCUUCCAGUACUUGCACCCAUUGCGAUCACUCUUUACCCACAAUGUAGUAGACUACCUCCAUUGUGUCUGCUGCCACCAGCACCCCCGGGGCAGGGUUGAGAACUCAGAACCAUCCUGUGAUGCUGAAGCAAGGCAAAGCAUUGUCUGAUUCUAUCUUCUGGGUAUUUGGGGAUAGGUUGGAUUUUGCCAAGAGCAACUGUGAAAUUGAAGGAGAGGAUGAGGCUCAUAGGUGAGUACCCACCGGGACAUUUUCUUAAAUUUUCUUAUAGGUAAACCUAUAAGAAGAAAGAGCAGCUCCCAGAUAGGUUUUAUUUCCUUAAGAUUGACUGCUAUGUUUGGAAACCAGGGUAGCUGUUAUAUACCUAGAAGGGCCGAGGAUACGGUAAACACCCCUCCCACCCAGGUCAGUUGUCUGGCUUCCCUUGGGGAUAAUUUAUCUCCAAGCACUUUAGGCUUUCUGUGUGUGUUAUUGUAGCUCUGUUCAUUUGCUUGAGGCAUUACUGAGCUUUCCUAUGGUUGAAAGCCCAGAAUCCCACUAGAAUAUAUCCUGACUGAUAAGAGGUUGUGACAACUUGCUAGCUAUCAGUACCUCCCAGGAAACUGGCUGAUUAAUGUGGAACCUGUAACUGUAAGCCUGGCUGGAUUUUUAAAAAUCCAAGGAGAAACUCUGGUUUAAAAAGAAAACCCCAUUAAAAGAGCUGCUCCUCAAACAAGUUAUUUCUCCAUCAGGAUUUUACUAGUGAUCAUUCAUCAAAAACUUCUCUUUUCUAGCGGCUCUUCAUAGGCACACUCUGAGGAGGGAGUGCCUAGUAGGAUCCUUCAGGGCAUAAGCCAGAAUGACUCUUUUUCAUGGAUCUGCAUAGGCCUGCCUCCAGCUUAUGGAAUGGAGUGGUUGAGUAAAAUCUCUCACUUGGAGCCUCAUUUUCAGGAAUUCCCUCCAAACUGGCCUUUCUGUGCGCUUGGUGUUUUACUAGUUGAUGUGGAUCUCAGAAAAGGUGAACUGUAAUUGAAAAUGUUUCUAACGUAUGGGAGAAACGAAGAUUGCUUUGUGUCUCCUACUGUUCUGAGUAUUUUGUUGUUAUUUUAUUUUUAGGAGAGAGAGAAGGGGACGUUACCUUCAUGUUGUUUGGGGUUUGGAUGGUGGCUAAUACUCCAAGGUAGAGUAAAGGCAGAGGAGGGAAACCAGAUCACAUUAAAUCAUCAUUGGUACUGGUUUUUGCCCACAGGAUUUUAUUUUCUAAUAAGUAAAUGUUUAUCAACCCUCUGCUCAUUCCCACACCCCUGGUGGAUGAAUGCAUCCACCUUUCUUGGGUGUCUCGGUGUUUACAUCUCCUAUCAGUUGGGCAUGUUAAUGGGAAUGCCAGCCAGAUGCCUCUAAAGUAAACAAGGAAUUGAGGUUAGUAUGACCACUGCCUAUUGGGACAUGGUAUCCCAGCAUUUACCUAACUAAUGCUUACCCCUCACAGACCAGGAAAGUGAGAAUUCCUAGUAGCACGUCCCAAUUAUUGCUACCACAGUGCUGUGAGAAACCGCAAACAAUCUGACCUAAAGCUUCUCAUCCCCAUCCAGUUUUACUCUUGGGUUCAUGUUAAGAAUUUAUCUUUAGCCAUUUCCCUUCCUUUUACCCAAUGUCAGGACAUGAUGGUGGAGGAGCUCCCUCUUUUAAGUAACAGGGCUAUUAGCCAGAAUUGUCCUAUUUCCUGGCAUGUGUCGUGUGGUUUUCCCAUCUUCAACCAUUGUUUGGGGCUAAAAGGAUUGGAUAAUUAAUUUGGGGGAGAGUAAAUUGACUUGCUUUGGAGCAGUGAAUAUUUUCUUUUUCAAUCCAAUUUCUCAUUUUAUCUCUGAUGAAGGGACUUAGCAGUGUGAGCUUUUUAUGACAACAACCUAUUUCUGACUUUGUUGUUUAAGGUGAUUUUGAAAGAAUCUAUUAGGCCUCCAGACAAACCCACUGUCUCUUUGGAAUUCAAGCAAAAAUUUCUUCCCAGUGGUUAAUAUACCCUUACAUUAAAAUCAGAAGUGGUAUAGAACUAUAAUUUGGCCCAUAAAAGUCAUGUGAAUCAGUUUCUUA